CGCGCCUAUAAAACGGCGGCAAAAUGGAGCCGUGGAAUGAAAUAGCGAGGAAGACGCUCAAAGAAGGAGAUGGCUCACAGAAGAUCCAGCGGAGGCAAACUCUUGGUGGCGGUGUUGUACGUGGCGGCAUCGUGCAGCGCUGUCCCCACCAACGACCUGCUCGACCGAGCCUCGCAGCACUCGGACAAAAUGCACUCCCUCAGCACCAUACUCGCCCAGGAACUGGACUCUCAUUUCCCUCCGAUAGGUCGGGUGAUGACACCCCGCCCCUCCAUGUGCCACACCUCAUCUCUGCAGACACCCAGUGACAAAGCGCAAGCUCUUCAAAUAUCGGGGUCAGACCUGUUGUCGCUGGCUCGCUCUCUGCUCCAGGCCUGGGUGGACCCCCUGGUGGUCCUCUCCGACUCUGCUUACACCCUGCCCCAUCCGGCACACAACAGCAUAUCCAACAAGAUCCAGGAGCUGCAGGAGCACUCCAAGAUCCUGGGAGAUGGCCUGGAUGUCCUCUCUAGCAAGAUGGGUCCGGAAGCUCAGACCCUCUCCUUGCUGCCUUACACAGGCAAUGACAUCGGCCAGGACAGGAUCUCCAAAUUGAUCAACUUCCAUUUCCUGAUGUCUUGCUUUCGAAGGGACUCCCACAAGAUUGAUAGCUUCCUCAAAGUCCUACGCUGCCGGGCGGCAAAGAUGCAACCAGAGAUGUGCUAAAAGGUUGAAGUGGGGGUGGGGGGGGGGGGGGGGGGCAGCUUGACUCUGAGGGGAGACUUUUCUGAAAGCUUGUAUCGCUUACCGACUGUAGAUUUGCUUGUUCUAGGAAUGUAGUAUCUGAGCUUCUGCCCUGACUGCAAAGUAGUGGAUAUUAUGAACUUUCAGAAGGCAAAGAUCAGGAGGAGUUACGUGGCACGCACAGGAAGUCCGAUUUUGUUUAACGUGAGCCAUAAACUUCGUUGAAAUAGGUGAUUCUAGUCCAAAAUGAUGAAACACAUUCUUUCUAAAGUUGCUAAAGGAGCAAAAGUUGUACUUCUUCAACAGUUUCAAUCAGAGAUUAGUCAGGAGUUAAAAUAACUAAAGGAAAAGUAGGUAUAGCCAGGAAGCAGCUCGGCAAAUGUGAAGCCGUAUGCUGGUGUUUGGUCUUGCUGAUGGACCUUUGGCACCUUUAUAACCUGACCACAUUGCGGUGACUGACUGUGGUGAAACGGUGUGACUCCUCCUUUUUUUGUUUUUAUUUUCUGUGUCUACUGAAGCGGUGUCCUCCCAAAGCCAAACAGCCAGCGGAGCCUGGCAGCGGCAGACGGUGAGAGUUAAGCUGGGGUGUGACAUAUUUGCACCAGGGUGUGGGGCUGUUUCUCUUCCUAGUUCAUUUGACUUCUAGCUUUACUGAUGAUAAGAUGCAGCAUUGGUACUUGUAGAUGUAAUAACACUGUCCUCAAAGCAUUAUGACUGAAAAGCCUGUCAAUUAUGAUACUUCAGUACAUCAAUAAAUAAAUCAUUUCUUGCACAAAAUAA